ACAAUCGGCGCUCGCGCUUUCUCGCUCCCUCGCCUUCGCCGCCUCCACAUUGCCGCAGUGUCCAGACCACCGAGCAGACCACUUCGCGCCGCCGCUGACCCGAACAACCUGUUGCCUUACGCAGAAGGGGGAUUCCGAGGAUAGCCGAGUGUCGUCGUCUUCUUCUCCCGGGAGUGAGGAGGGGGGGGCGCGCUCGUCCGCCGCUGGCAGCUGAUUGGCUGGGAGGCUCCUUAAAGGCAGUCUGCGGCGGCGGCUCCUGACCAGACUGCGGCGGGCACGCGUGCGGUGUGUGAAGUGGCGACUGACCCGGGCCGACGGAAGCGAAGAGCCGCUGCGCCUUGAGAGGGUCCCGCGUGGGGGUGGAAGUGCGACCUGUGAAAGCUCCCCCCUCCCCGACCCCUUCUUCUUCUUCCUUCUCUUGGGAGAGUCGAGGAGCGACCUGCGGAUCCCGGGACGGGCAGCCGAGGCGUGCGCCGCGGACUCGCGCGACAUGAAGGAGCGGAGGAACACGCAGCCCCCCGUGAUGCGCUGCAAGCUGGUGCUGGUCGGGGACGUGCAGUGCGGGAAGACGGCGAUGCUGCAGGUGCUGGCGAAGGACUGCUACCCGGAGACGUACGUGCCGACGGUCUUUGAGAACUACACGGCGUCGCUGGAGCUCGAGGAGCAGCGCGUGGAGCUCAGCCUGUGGGACACGUCCGGGUCCCCGUAUUACGACAACGUGAGGCCCCUCUGCUACAGCGACUCGGACGCGGUCCUCCUGUGCGUGGACGUCAGCCGCCCCGAGACGAUGGACAGCGCCCUGAAGAAGUGGAAAACGGAGAUUGUGGACUUCUGCCCCUCCACGCGGGUACUGCUGGUGGGCUGCAAGACGGACCUGCGCACCGACGUCUGCACGCUCAUGGAGCUGUCCAAUCAGAAGCAGGUGCCAGUGUCACAUGAGCAGGGCUGCGCCGUGGCAAAGCAGCUGGGCGCCGAGACCUACCUGGAGUGCUCGGCCUUCACCUCGGAGAAGAGCGUCCAUAGCGUCUUUCGGACGGCCUCCCUGGUGUGCGCCAACAAGCUGAGCCCCAAAGCCAAGGCCAGUCCGAGCCGCCGGCUCUCCAAGAGACUGCUGCAGCUGCCCAGCCGCUCGGAGCUGCUCACCUCCACCUUCAAGAAGGAGAAGACCCGGAGCUGCUCCGUCAUGUAGCCGCUGCACGCCGCGCGCCGGCCGGCCACUUUCUUCCAUUUCAUCGUCCUGUGUAGCAUUGCCAGUCCUCGGGUGGGCAGAGGCGUCAAACGCUCUGGCGAUGUCUGGCGGGCCAGACGUUACUGGACAGGAGCGCGUGGACGGGCUGGGCCCAGUUUGGCGGGCUGUUUUUUUUU